UUCGGGGUGUGCGGAGCAGCAGGCCGGCCUGGGUGCUCUAGAGGUGGGUGUGCUCAUUUCCUGCAUUAGGACUGAUAGUUGCCACAACCAAGUGCCACAAACCAGGUGGCUUAAAACAGCAGGUCUUCUCCCAGGUUCUGACGUCUACAGAACCAGAACCCAGGCGCCAGCCAGGCCGGUUCCCGCCGUGGGUUCCCAGGGAGUGUGUCUCGCGCCUCUCUGGGGGCCACCAGGACUCCUUGGCUUGUGGCCGCAUCACUCUAAUCCCUGCCUCCGCCUCCACAUGGUGGCCCCAAUCCAGUUCAAUCUCUAAUGUGGUCACAUCUGCAAAGACCCUACUUCUAAAGAAGGUCACAUUCACAGAGUCCGGGUGGACAAGAACUUUGGGGGGACACUGUUCAACCCAGGACAGUGGGUUCUGACUUCAGGGGGAGGCUGUCCUCCUCACCGCGCUCACCUCUCCCCUGGCAGGUGCUGGGUGCACGCCGACCAUGCCUCGCUCCUUCCUGGUGAAGAGCAAGAAGGCUCACACCUACCACCAGCCCCGCAUCCAGGACGAUGAACCAUUCUGGCCUCCCGUCCUGAGCCCGGUGGCCAGCGACCAGGUCCCGAGCAGCCACCCUGUCCUCGGCACCCUGCUCCCGGGCCCGCAUCUGGACUGGCCCGACCUCAAGCGGGAGCCGGCGCUGGAGCUGGACCAGAGCUGGACCAGCAUGGCCUCCGCACCAGGGGGUCCUGCUGGGACGUCCCAGCCCCGGGACAGGGACUCACCAGCCUCCAACUCCCCUCCGCUCUACAAGCCCAGCUUCUGCUGGGACGCCCUGGCCUCGGCCUACAGCCACAGCUACCGGCAGGCCCCCUCCACCACCUCCUCGCCGGGCCUGGACGCGUACCACUGCGUCAAGUGCAGCAAGGUCUUCUCCACCCCACACGGGCUUGAGGUGCACGCCCGUCGCUCCCACAGCGGGACCCGGCCCUUCGCCUGUGACGUCUGCGGCAAGACCUUCGGCCACGUGGUCAGCCUGGAGCAGCACACGCACAUCCACUCGCAGGGGAUUCCGGCCGGGUCCAGUCCUGCGCCGGCGCCUGACCCCCCAGGGCCUCGUUUCCCCCGGCAGGAGCGCAGCUUCGAGUGCCAGAUGUGCGGCAAAGCCUUCAAGCGCUCGUCCACCCUGUCCACCCACCUGCUCAUCCACUCGGACACGCGGCCCUACCCCUGCCAGUUCUGCGGCAAGCGCUUCCACCAGAAGUCGGACAUGAAGAAGCACACCUACAUCCACACGGGUGAGAAGCCACACAAGUGCCAGGUGUGCGGAAAGGCCUUCAGCCAGAGCUCCAACCUCAUCACCCACAGCCGGAAGCACACGGGCUUCAAGCCCUUCAGCUGCGAGCUCUGCUCCAAGGGCUUCCAGCGCAAGGUGGACCUGCGGCGGCACCGUGAGAGCCAGCACAACCUCAAGUGAGGCUGUGCCCCUCCCAGCCCCUCCCAGCCCGUCCUGCCGUCCUGUCGCCCGGAGGGAGGCCAGCCUCGUGCGCCCAGAGCCCCAGUCUCCCGGGGGCAACACUGGAUGGGAGUCCUGCAGCUUGUUUUGAGACUCAGGAGACAGCUGUGUGACUUUGGGCAAAUCGCUUUCCCUCUCUGGACCCAUGGCUCUCCUGCUGUAAAGUGUGGGAGCUGGGUUGGGUCUUUUCUGAGCUGAAGGUAUAAUAACUUGGGUGCCUUCCCCAGGGCAGAGCCCAGGCCAGAGCAGCCCCACGUGGACCACGAUGCCACGAUCAGACCGGACCCGCAGAGCCGGGACCCACAGAGAAAUCCUCCCGGUGCCUUCUGCCCACAGCGCUGGGAUCCGGUCCCCUGGGUCUUUAGGGGGCCUCUUUUGGACGGCCAGAUGGUCAGAGCCACCUCCUGCCCCGGGGGGAUGCCCAGCACCCCGCUGCUUCAGCCAGACCUGCUGGCUACCCCCGACUUCUGACUAGCACUCAGCUGGGCUCUGGUCUGCCCUCAGACCUCCGGGCUGGAGAAACCAGCAGUUAUUGCCUGUUCCCCUCAACUGUACAUGGAAAUAAAGACACAGAUUUAUUUACAUCUGA